ACUAAAAAUAGAGAAUUUCUUUCUCUAAAUUAAGCUUGAAUGGCCAUAUUAGGACCUACCCCAUUUUGUACGUCAGUGUUGCUGUAGCCAUCACUUGAGGGCAUCAUGGGAAAUGAGGUUAGCCUUUCAACUGCUGUGUGUUAGGACAAACAAACCUGAACAAUCAACCAUCAGUCUGAAUGUUAAACAGGCUGGAAAAAAAAAUCAGUGCCAGGCAUUUGACGCGAGAAUAGUGCGAAGGUUAGUGAACCUCAGCAGAUUUGACUGCUUAAAAUAUAAACUUAAAAAUAUCUUUAUGUGAUAAACAAAGCUUAUCAAGCUAUGAAGGAAAUGCAAAGAAAUGCUUUUGAUUCGGACCAUGACGCUGAAAGGGGUCCCGAGGAGCGCCGGAGACUUCAGGAGAACAUUCGACAGUGGAAUUCCACCCGACUCAGCCUGUUUGAGAUCACUGAUCCUGAUGAGGACUCUGUAUUCCAUGGAGUUGUUCGUUUCUACCUCCAAGACCAUAUUUCAGGGAACUGUGCCACCAAAUGCAUUUGUAUCUCAAGCUCUACUACCACAAAAGAGGUCAUUGAAACCCUGCUGGAGAAGUUUCAGUGUGAUGAGGCACUAAAUCCUUUCCCAUAUUCAUUAUUUGAGGUCUUAAAAAAUCAAGAGGAUAGACAACUGGACCUUUCAGAAAAGCCCUUGGUGGUUCACCUCAACUGGAGUAAAGAUACAGAUGGCCGAUUUGUCUUGAGGAAUGACACUUCUGUAACUUCACAGAAUGGCUGUCUGGAAAAUAAGGAAAAAGUUGGGGUAAUCGAGAUUUUUAAAAGGACAUUAUCAAGGAAAGAGAAGAGUAAAAAGAAAGAGACGAAAAAAGAAGUUUCUCGCAGUCACAUGCUGAAGAACGAUGUCUCUGAAAGUAAAACGAACAGCGAAACACAAGUCUACUUGAAAGUGAAAUGGAAUCUCCCAAUCAGCAUUUCUUUAAAGGAAAAAGAUGAGGAUUGUUUCUUGCGUGCUGUGAUAAAUGACAUCAACAGCUCCACGAUUCACUUUAAGCUCUCGCCUGCAUAUGUGUUUUAUCUGGUUGGGCGAUUUUUAACCAGCCAACCCGGGCAGAAGAAUAAACCUCAACAACAGACUGAACAGAGACUCUGCAUUAUAUUUGACAAGAUUGUGAGCUUGAUUCAAGACAUCAUUGAGAAACAGAGGAACAUCGCAGUGGCUCUUGCCUUCUGGAUGGCCAACGCAUCUGAGCUCCUGAACUUUGUCAGACGGGACAGAGAUCUGUGUCCCAUCACACUCCAGGCUCAAAACACUCUUGCUCAACUUGUGCAACAGGCUUUCAGGUACCUGUCACAUUGGCUUCAGGUUGAUCUUGAAAACCACUUGCCUGCAUUCUUUGCUGAUGUAAAAAAGGAAACAGCUCAGGCAACUGAAAUGGAAGGCGUCUUGAACAUUCUCAUAAAGACCAUGAGUUUGCUCCGAAGGUGUCGGGUCAACCCUGCUCUGAGUAUCCAGCUCUUUUCUCAACUUUUUCACUUCAUGGGGGCCUGGAUCUUGAACCGGUUCACUGGACCGGGAUCAAAGCUGUGCUCGAACUACUGGGGCAAAACUCUACGGCAGCGUCUGAGACACAUAGAGGCCUGGGCAGAGAGACAAGGGCUGGAGCUGGCUGUUGACUGCCAUCUCAGUCGUAUAAUCCAGGCGACGAUGCUCCUGACCAUGACUUCUUACUCCACACGCGACUCCCUGAUGAUUCAGUCCACAUGUUACAAGCUAAACUCCCUGCAGCUAAGAGCACUGAUGAGCAAAUAUCACUACGCCCCAAAUCAACCCCACUUUCCACCCGCACUGAUAGAGCGCGUAGCUGCCUUGGCGGAGACCACAACAGAUGUUCUGAGAAGAGAGGGAGGAGAAAUCCAACUGGAAGAGGAACUAGAGCUUCACCUGCCUUUCCUCCUGCCCGAGGAUGGGUAUUCAUGUGAUUCCAUGCGUGGCAUUCCCAAGGGAUUUCAGGAGUUUUUAGAGCCCAUCUGUCGCAAAGGUCUCUGCAAGUUAGUUUCUCAUUCCAUCUGUGUUGGGACUUGGACCAUUUUCUUUGGCCUGUCAGAUUGUUCCACAGAGUGUUCAACUUGGAAACCUGAUCCAGUGAAAAUAACUCUAAAGAAACCUUUGCAUGGUGGGAUGGGAGUGAGCAUAGUAGCUGCCAAGGGGGCUGGACAGGAGAAGCUUGGCAUUUUUAUCAAAUCUGUCGUCCAGGGAGGAGCAGCAAAUGUGGAUGGAAGACUGAAUCCAGGAGAUCAGUUACUGAGUGUGGAUGGCAAAAGUCUCAUGGGAGUGUCACAGGAAAGGGCUGCAGAGAUAAUAAUGCACACUGGAUCAGUUGUAACGCUGGAAACUCUCAAGUCAGCAGCUGCAUAUUACGGUUUUGAGGGAGUAUUUACCCAGCCGCCACAAACAUCAUCUAAAGAUCAUGAUAAUGGUGGACAGUCAAAGCAGAAGUCCAGUGCCUCUGAUCUCUGUGACAGUGCCGAACCAUCAGAUUCUGGUCCAUCAAGACCACCAGUAACCUUUAGAAACCAGCACUCAAUCAGCAGAGCAAACACAAAACAAAACCAGAAAUUGCUCAAGAAGAAACUGGAGUAUCGUUCAAAUCCCAACCUGACAUAUACGGCUGUUGAUCCAGUUCUCCAUGAAAAGAUAAUGCUAUCUUUAUCCACUGACAAUUUAAUGGAUUCUGUGAAACCCAGAAACACUCUUUUAAACACAGACACUUAUCACAGAGAAUAUCUGACCCUGCCAGCAUCCAAACUGCACAGCAAUAAAGUACCCGGAACCAGAGAAAAACCUCAGCAAAUUUCUGCAUUCUCCAGGGAUCUGCAAAAGAUCAGCAUUAUGAAACAGGCACAUUCUCAAGACAAUCUUUGGAGUGUAGAAAAAGGACGCCCUCUUGUGAACAGAUCAAGAUACUUGAAGAAACAGCAAGAACUGAGCAAAUGGAACAGCCUUACAACCAUAAGCCCAAUGGAUUCCAGCUUGUCCAGCAUGGGACACAAAAAUGGACUCUGGAAGAUCCCGACAACCACCCAGUCCGUCCCUCUAUCGCAGCCGAAACGAAUGGACGUCCCCUACUCGCCACAAGCCAGCAGUCUUUCAUUUAGCACAUUCCGUCAGCCUGCGGAAACCCAAAUUAUGUCUCCAGCACACCAUCAGUAUCAACACCAACAUCAGAGCAAUGCAUCACCAUCUCAAAGACCACAGCAGGUCCUCAAGAAAAAAAACGUUGUCUUCCACUCAUCUGUGAAGACAUCCCAGAAUAACACAGCCUCAGAACGUUUAAGUGCUAAUCUUGAACAGAAAGUGGUCGAGAAGACUAGUAAACUCGCUACUACAGACCUGCUGGGACAGGAAGUGCAGCAGCUGCAGGCCAAAGUGUGGCGCACCCUGGAGGAGAGUGAACGUCUGCGCAGACUCUCUCUAGAGCUGCGGUUCCAGAGGAGACUAGAGGAGUACCAGCACAACGGGGAUGAAGAUGAGGAUGAGGAUGAUGAGAGCCAUUCCGGGGAAGAACGGAAGACGUUUCAGACAGGAAGGGAUGUAGUGAGUAACUGUGAGAAGAAUGAAACUGGGGCUGACCAGCAAAAGGAAGGCCACUUUUCUCAAGAGGACAGUUUGAAAGAUGGAAUCAAACAUGAAUCUAUGGGAUAUGAAAUGAAGUUCUCUUCUAGUGAAAUGGAUCACAGAAGCUUCAAAACACAGCGAGCCCCAGAGAAUCUGAGCUUUAAGGAGCGUCAGCAGCUGUUUUCUUUGGAAAUGGUCACUUCAAGUAAAGUCAAAGUGUCCUGA